UGAGGGAACCCUCCCAAAGGGAUCAAUAAAUUUCUAAUCUAAUCUAAUCUAAUCUAAUCUAAUCUAAUCUAAUCUAAUCUAAUCUAAUCUAUGCACCUGCCAUCAUAUAACACACCUCCAAAUACUCUGUUAAUGCCAAAAGAUAAACAUUAAACAAGUUUUCUGUUUACAAACUGGAGCUGUAAUUCAGUUUGUUAUGCUAUGUGUUAUGUGCUGGGUCUCAGCCACUGCACAGCCGAGUUCAGGUGCAAAGAUCAGUUAUAAACAUGCACAUUACCUCCUUAUCGUCUUUAUAUUUCUUUCUCAUGUCACUCAGAUCCAUUUGCGUGUCCUUAUCCGUCGAUUUCGUGCAGAAAUGGAAAGCAGGUGAGGUGUAUGUGAGUGAAUAUCCAGGUGAGAUAACCUGCCCAGGGUUACUGAUCAACUUCAAAACACUGAAGCUCAACAGACGUCUCAUGCUGUCGUGGCUGUGACGUAAUCACGUCGCCGCAAAAGAACACAAACCGAGAUGUUGAGUUUGGUCGCAAAAUAUGACACCCGGCUGACUGGUACAACAAAAGUCCGUUUGGAGUUUGCUUUAAUAGCAGUUAUAAAUAGUAUAUUUACCUCCUAAAGAAAGCAACAUCUUGCUUUUUAUCACAUGGACUAGUAUAUCCACUUUUACAUAGGUCCAGAUUUGCAAAUCAUUCACUUACAAGAACACGGCAUGGAAAUGUUUUGAAGCUCAGCUCUGCGGAAACGCAGGAGGACCGGUAUCCGCUAACGUCACAUCCGGUACAAGAUGGCAGCGACCUUGUGUGGCAGAAUAAUUACCAAAACAGGAUGUCUGCCUUUGGUUCAGAGUGUGCGUCAUGGCUCCAAGGCUGUAACCCGUCACAGAAGGCCCAUGCACUUUCUGAAGCAGAAGCUAAUGGCUGUUACAGAAUACAUUCCCCCAAAACCUGCUGCUCCUCCUGGAGCUCUCGCACCACGCAGCCGGAAGACUGAAGAGGAAAGUAGUCUGUUGAGGCUCUUAAAGAGAAACCUGGAGACAGUCUUUAAAGAGUGUAAGAUGAUUGCUGUGCUCCAAAACAAUGCCACCAAUGCUGAGGACAUGUUGAUGCUGAAGCACAGGCUAAAGAAACAUGACAUCACUAUUAAAUUUUUCCCCAACCAGGUGGUGAGAUCCUUUCUUCCUGGCAGUCCGUAUAGCAACAUGCAGCCUCUGUUCAUUGGACAAACUGUGUUGUUUGUCAGCAAAGAGCCAAAAGUGAAGGAAAUGUUACAAGUGUUGAGGAAUAGUCCUCAAAUGGUACUCUUGGGUGCCUGUAUUGAGAACACGCUACUCUCACGAGAAGGGAUUCUUAACUACUCCAAGCUACCGUUCAUGCGUACUCUCCAUGGUGAGCUGGUUGGAGGUUUGACCUUGAUGACUUCCCACACUGUUUCUAUGCUGCAUCGGCACCCUGCGUACCUCUCGGCUCUCCUGCAGCAGUAUAUCAAACAGCAGCAGCCUGCAGGCAGUGCCCAGCCCGAGGCAGCACCUAAAACUGAGGAAACAGCCUCAUUGUAAUUAUUUGCCCUCGAAGAGGCUGAAGAAAUUUCUUAUCCGUCAGCGUGAACUCUGAUAAAGAACAGUAAUGCCGUGUAGACAUAAAUAUGCCGUGUGUUUAUGGAUUGAUCAGUGGAAGACUCAACAUAAAGAGAUACUUAAAUCUGACAUCUUACAUCUUAUUAUUGGUGGCCCUGUCACCUGGUUCUUUUAUUAUAUAAAAUUGUAGAUUUAUCUGAUAUCACAAACAGCAGUGUUUGAUGGACAAAUAAAUGGUGGUAAAGUCGUUUUUUUGGAUGAAUAAAAUAAUAUUUCUGGACGAGAAAUUUGUAGAAUAUUUAGAAGAAACAUUGGAUUCCACCACAGGUGAUACAUCUGGUCUCAUGGAUCCUGUUAUUAAUCUCUGAAUUAUCUUCUCAUUAUGUCUUUCUGCCACAUUAAACAUCUAUAUUGAGCAACAAUUAAUAUUUAAAGGAAUAACCCAUACAAUUAAGCUAGUAUCUCACUGAGCUGUGACAGCUUGCGACAAAUUGCGAACGUCAUUCGCGAGAGAGUUUCAAAAGUGUUUUGAAACAUUCGCGGGGCUUGUCAAUUUCCUCACAUGAGUUGCAAAGUGUCGCUCCUUUGUCGCUGAAAUUUUGAACAUGUUCAAAAAAUUUGUGCGACAAAAUUUCUCUCAAAAUAGCCGCAAAUGCGUCGCUGGUGUCGCAAAGCCGUCGCGAACCCUUCUCAAGCCAGUUUCCGUGAGGCUUCCUCUACUUCCCUGCCUGCUGAGGGAAAGCCGGGCUGCGACAGUCUGCGACUAGUUGGGGACACGACAAUUGCAGUAAAAUAUGCGAAUAUCAAUUUAGUGUGGUUCCAAGUGAAAAUUGUUGCUAAUUCGCAUAUUUUAUCGCAAUUGUUGUGUCUCCAACUAGUCGCAGCCCAGUGAGAUACUACCCUUAGUUCUGUUUUGAGCUCAAACAUAGUUUUUGUUAUCCCCCGCUGGUCGAAAGGCCCGAAGGGGGAUUAUGUCGUGGCAAUGUCUGUCCGUCCGUCCCAGGAAGGGUGCUCACCUUCUGAAAUCAACUCCUCUCACAAUUUUUGGAGGAAUUUCAUGAAACUUGGCAAAACGCAUUGUUAUAUGUCUGUAAUAUGCAUAUUGUUAUUUUGUUCAAUUCGGUCGCAUUUUACCAGAGUUGUGGCCCUUGACUAACAACCUUGUACUUUCACAAUUUCAUGAAGGUGUGCUUGCCUUCUGACAUCAACUCCUUUCAUGAUUUUUGGACGAAUUUCUUGAAGCUUGGCAAAAGGCCUUGCUAUAUGACGGUAAUACGCAGAUUACGAUUUAAUUUCAUUUGUGAAAAUUUUACCAGAGUUUUGACCCUUGAUUAAAUAACUUGUACUUUGACAAUUUUCAUGAGGGUGUGCAUUCUUCUGAAAUCAAUUCCUCUCACAAUUUGUGGAGGAAUUUCAUGAAACUUGAUAGGAUUCUUUGUUAUAUGUCGGUAAUAUGCAUAUUGCAAUUUCAUUCAAUUCAGUCGCAUUUUACCAGAGAUAUGGCACAGUUGCCAGUGGGGGAUAUCGUGCUCUCAGAGCACUCUUGUUUUGUUUGUUUGAUAAAUGCAUUUCUUCUUCUAAAAAGUAAUGGAUUCUAAAUUGUCAGCACUCUUUCAAAUAAUAUUUUGAGAUGUCUUCCCUGGAGAAAAUAACAGCAGAGUCUCUUUUUGUAAUGUCUAAUAAGAUUGGUGAAAUUUGUAGUGUCCCUCUAUCUAUUUUAUUUCAUUUGGUUUGUGUAUGUGGACUUGCCUCAUCAAUUCAGAUCCCAGGUUUAUAAUAAAGUUCAAACCCAGACAA